UUAAUCUGCGAUGACAUAACAUAAAGGUUCAUUUAUGCAAAAUGUAUUGAGAGAUGGAGAAUAAAACAUUGCAGUCAAGUUGAAAAUAAUAUCCUAUCGUCUGCGCAGAUUUGUGGACAGCUCGCGUGACCUGUGUUUGAGUUCUGCCUCAUGGAACUUUCCCAAUCCCGUUCCCCUUUUCUCUUUCACUUCUUGUCUAUCAAAAUAAAAAAGAAAAAACACCAAAAAUACAUUUUUACAAAUAAAAAUAAAUAAAUAAGAAAAUAAUGUCCUAUUACCUGUGGCAGUUGUUUUCACAAGUUCACACUUACAAAUGAUCAAAUCUGCAUUGUUUAUCCUUUUGAUAUUUCAUUCAGAAAAAUUCACAAAAUUCGAACCUUUCAUUGAAGUAAAACAAUUGAAAGUUGGGGGAAACUCACAUUAUGAAAUAAAUGUUUUUCUCCUAUACAUGUUGGCCACAAUUAUUGGCACCCCUAGAAAUUCUUAUGAGUAAAAUAUCUCUGAAGUAUAUUCUUAUUCAUAUUUACAUUUUUUAGCACACCAGGGUGACAAGGAGCAUGAAAUUGUCCAGCCAUGACUUCCUGUUCCACAGGAGUAAAAAUAUGUGUAAACACAAACGCCAAACCCUUAUUCCUUGUCUGGUGUUGUUUAAAGCCCUUUGAAGCUGCACUGAAACUCUAAUUUUGACCUUCAACCGUUUGGAGGCCAUUGAAGUCCAUUAUAAGGAGAAUAAUCCUGGAAUGUUUUCAUCAAAAACCUUAAUUUCUUUUCGACUGAAGAAAGAAAGACAUGAACAUCUUGGGGGCAAGAAUUAAGAAGAUAAUUAAAGAUGUUACGAAUCUGCCUGGAAGAGGACGUGUGUCUAUAGCGUCCUAAUGCGUGGUGAGGAGGAGAGUUUGAGUGGCCAAAGACUCUCCAAGGAUCACAACUGGAGAAUUGCAGAAAUUAGUUGAGUCUUGGGGUCAGAAAGCUUAAAAAAAUUACCAAAAAGCAUCUAUAUCACCAAAAGUUGUUUGGGAGGGUUUGAAGAAAAAUCCUCUGCUCUCAUCCAAAAACAAACUCCAGCAUAUUCAGUUGUCAGACACAACUGGAACUUUUGGCAUUUUUGGCAGCAAACCCACCAGAUGGGUUUGGUGCACAUAUGGAUAAAAAGUACUCCAUGCCCACGGUUAAAUAUACUGCUGGAUCUUUAAUGUUGUGGGCCUAUUUUUCUGCUGGAGGUCCUGAACAUCUUGUUCAGAUACAUGGCAUCAUGGAUUCUAUCAAAUACAAACGGAUAAAAAAUCUGACUUCUUCUGCUAGAAAUCUUAUAAUGGGCCGUGGUUGGAUCUUCCAUCAGGACAAUGAUCCAAAACAAACAUCAAAAAGGAGAAGAAGAACCACUAGGAUGGGAGGAAUGGAGAUGGAUUCCAAGGCCAAAGAGAUGAUUAAUUUACUGAGGCAGCAACAGAAAAUUAAUUUGAAAUUGAUUAUGCUUUGAAUACUUUUAUGUGUGAAAUGGAACAGAUUACAAACGAGGUUGAAGCUUUGACCACGGAAGCUUCAGCGCCGGUUGUAUCUGCAAAUGAUGUUUAAAUAAAAGUGAGGUUUUUCCUGCUGAGUUUCUGAGAAAAGAGACAGAGAUGUAUGUUUUAUUAUAACUAGAAAUGUUAAAAGGAAACUAAUGGGAAGGUCUCAAGAUUUAGCGAUUAAAAUGUGUUACAGUUUGCAGAAUGUGUUGCAGUCUUAUGUUUUGCAUGCAACAGGAAACUGUGAAGUGUUAGGGGCUGAAAAGAGGAUGUGAUCUUUGUAAACUAUAUAUAUUAUUUUUUAUUCUGUACCUUGUUACUAAAACAAAACCAUUGUAUUUGGUGCUUCGUAAACCUCUCUAAACAAGUCUCAGAGUGAGUUACUUAUACAUAAACUAUUAUCAAUACCUGCAAUUAAACUACUUCCAUCGAGCCUCAAGAGCAUUGGAUCCUGACUGAGCUGGUGCGGACUCCACCUUGAAAUCUCUAAUUGUCGUACAACGCUCUCAAUCCAACUAAUCAGAAGUGGUUGGUCUGAGCCCAUGGAGAGGACAAUGGCAAUCACAGAGCUGUUCAGAUACAUCAACUCCUCUCUGCUCAUCAGCCAAAAAUCGCUGAAUGUCUCGCCGGCCGAGCAGACGGUCUACAGCAGCUGCGCACACAUGCCUGCCGUCCUCAUCUUCUACCUGGGGCUGCAGUUCAUCAACAUGUUCCUGGGCAUCCCGGCCAACAUCAUGGUUCUGUGGCUCAUCCAUAAGAAUAAGCGCGACUCCUCCACCUCAGACAUCUUCAUUGUCCAUUUGGCUGUGCUGGACACUUUCUUCUGCCUCAUUCUUCCACUGGAACUGGCCAACAUUGUCUAUCUGACCGCCAGCAGCACCUGGUACAUCCUGCGCUUCUUUUACGGUGUCAAAGACUUGUCGCCACUGUUCCUGUCCUGCAUCUGUCUGGACAGAUACAUGGCCGUCCGCCAUCCCAUCACCUUCACCAAACUCAAAGACAAGCGCCAUCGCUCUGUGUGUGCUGCCGUCAUGUUGUUUAUCACCUUGGUCUACGCUGCAGCAAAGUGUGUAGGAAAAAUCCCUAACUUUGAGAAGGUCUUCACUGUCAUGAUUCUGGCAGUGUUUGCGUUCAUGCUGUUCUGUAACAUCUCCAUUCUCUGGGCCCUGAGACAAUCUGCUCCAGGUCGAGAUGAGAGGCAUCCCGUCAAGAAAAGGGCCUUCAAAAUGGUUGUCAUCAUCUUGGCCAUCAUUGUGUUUAACUACUUCCCACCGGUAGCUCUAUUUCCUUUUCAAGAGUAUUUCUCUCCAGCGGUCUUCCGCUGUUAUAUCCACUACAUCGCCUUUGGCUUCAUGGACAUCAGCAGCAGCAUCCAGCCGGUUCUGUAUCUGUCGCGGGAGAAGCUGCCCAAAGUCCCGCUGUGCUGCUCGAAAAACACAGAAUGUGCAGAUGAUCCUGUGUUCACCAUUAACCAGUUAACGAGGUCAGCUGUAUCCGGGCCAUAUCUAGAUCAGAUGGAGGACCAGCACCAAAACACGAGCACAACUCCUCCCUGAAUGUCAGCAGAGUUUGUGUCAACUGGACUAUUCCCUGUGAAGGCUUCAUCGACACGACAGCCAGUGGCACAGGUCCUCAACAAACCCGUCUCCAUACCGGCGUGAUGAAUCUGAUCUUCAACCAGAUGGAACUAAAUAUUUUAGCCUGGUUUCUCCCAAGGUUUUUUCUCCAUUCUGUCACCUGAUGGAGUUUGGGUUCCUUGCCACUGUUGCCUCUGGCUUGCUUAGCUGGGGACACCUAGACACUAUUUUCUUCUAGAGCUGCUCUACAGCCGAAACAAACUUUGUUGCAUAGUUUUCCUAUUAUCAGUGUAAAGCUGUUUUGAAACAAUCUGUAUGGUAAAAAACACUAUAUAAAUAAAGGUGACUUGACUGAUCUUA